UAAUUGUAAGAAAAGCUGCGCAACAAUAUCGACAAUCGUCGUUCAAGCAUUUGAGAGUUCAGAUACUGCAGGUUUUCUUUUAGCGUAAUUUCAAAACUUGUCGAGAAAUAAUUAACAACGUCGCGAUCAGUCCGCAAUUUGUCGCUCGCAAAAUAAUCUUGUUCGACAGCAACAUUCGCAGAAGCCGUGACUCGAGAGACAAGAUAAACAGUAUUUUCGCGUUACGAUCUAUAAAGCGGCGAUCAGAAAUCAUGUAUUCCCAUGUGAACGCACGCGCCGGUAUCGCUCGCGUGCUCCGCGCGUGCCGGGAGUUGCACGGCAACGCGGAAUCGGUCGAGGCGUGCACGGAGAUCGUGAACCGAAACCCGCGAAACUUGGAGCGGCUGAGGAUAGCGAGGAAGCCCAGCGGUUAUGCUCUCGACAAGUCCAGGCGUUCGUACUGGCACAAGCUGUUUCUGAUUAAGAAGCCGCGCUACAUCAUCGCGGAAGUCCGUCACUUCGAGAACGGACCGGUCGUUACGGCUUCCAGUGCAGAAUGGGCGUUGAAGAAGCAAUUAUAUCGUACCAAUGAUGGCUCAGCUUAUAUUAACGUAGGCCGAGUGUUGGCUCAGCGUUGCCUGGAGGCUGGCAUCUGUGAAAUGAACGUCGAUGCCUCAUUAAUUGGAAACAAAUGCGAAUUGUUGAUUAAAGAAUUGGAGAAUAGUAACAUCGUUCUAACUGAAGCCCCAGUAUACAAAUAUCCACAGUCUUGGGACAGAUACCGGCCGGAAAAGCCAUGGGAGAUUCACGAAUAGUUUGUCUGGUUUCUAGUUUCAUAGUAAUGUUUGAACAGAUCAUAAAGUGCAAAGUGAGAGAACAAAGUGUAUUUCAUACGAACAAUAUGUGUAAUACAACUGUAACAUAGGCUUCUUCGCGGUAAAAACCAAAUAAGAGAUUUAUUGAUUGCUUGAAAUCCUCAAAAAUUUUCGCGAUUAAAACAAGGUUUUUUAAAACAAAAAUAUAUAUUCGCGCGCGGGCGUUGGAGAGAAAAAGAGAGAGAUAAAAGGCAAAGAUUGUGAGUAUAAAAAAAAUGCAAACAACGCAAAUAGACCCAAGAUGAAAUAAGAUGUUUUAUUGACAAUAUAAGAUAUUUUAUUUUAGCAUCUGUCCACUGUGAAAUGCCGAGUUUUGUACAUUACAGUACCUAGGAGUAAAAAUAAAUAAUUGUAUCGCUGUUAAAUAAACGUCUAGUCUACUAAA